AUGACAGCGACUCCAGCACCUCCAAGCGGCAAGAGCAGAACAAUUGCUGCCAACUUCAGGCUACUGAGCCGACAUAUAAAUUUGAGUGAAACUGAAGGGAAUCUGUGCGACAUGGAGAGCGCACACAAAGGACUGUACAAAUCCACGGCGUGGAGACAAAAGACUGCCGAAGAGAAGCGAGAAUUGUUCAGAAACACACGAUCAAGGAAGCGGCAGACGCUUUUCCUUCAGAAUCGCGACAUCGACGAGAAUCAAGAGAUCACAGAGACUCCGGAGACUCUCCAGAAACCACGUCGCAACAGUGCGAAGAAGAAGACACCCUUCGCUGUGAAAUUCGCCAGGUGGAAGAAGAAUCGCGAUGACGCCAAAACCAGAGCAAAGCGAGAGAAGAAGCCCCCAUUCGUGCGGUCCGUACGUCCUGGGGCUCUGCCGCCGCUGAAGCCCAUAGAGCGGAGAGCAAAGUUCAAUCCGCCGGCCAAAGUGAAACCCCUGCAGUUCGCCAAGAUCAGCAAAAACCCCCCGCAGAUCGACACGAACUUCGAUUUUCCCACCGGAGGCCCAAUAACGCGUUCGCGCGCAAAGUACAUUCAGUUUGUGUUCGAAUGAAAACAAUUUUCACAGCUAC